AUGCCAAAGUACUUGACAAAUGCUUCAAUGGGCUAUACCGGGCCGCCUCCCCUGUAUGACCAUGUUUACACCAACACGCGCAUACUGUUGGAGCCGUGGUGGAGGUAUCCUGGCGAGGAAACUUGUUCACGACAUCCACUCGUUUCUGAGACUGCACGGCUGAAGCUGGGAAUGGAAGGCUCUGCCCCUAUUUGCCCUGGGGUUCAACAAACAUGGGUUCGAGACCUGGAUGGAUCUCUUCUGCGCGAGAGUGGUGUGGCACUACCGACCGGCGGUCUCUUGCCGAGCUCCUGCGAUUCGCAGACCUCGAGUUUCGCGCUCCGCUCAGUGGGAUCAAUGCGACAACAGUGCAAUAUCGGUGGAGGGCACUCUCACACCGCAGCGUCUCACUGA